AUGUCGCAGUUUUGGUGGGCAGGGUCUGAGGAGCGCCGCAAGACUCACUGGAUUACUUGGGAUAAACCGGUGGAACUAAAAAAGUGCGGAGGGCUUGGCUUUCAUGAUUUGGAAGCUUUUAACUUAGCGUUAUUAGCGAAGUUAGGUUGGAGAUUGCAGGUGGAGCGACAAGGUCUGGUUUAUGAGCUGCUAAAAGGAAGGUAUUUCUCUUUCACGGAUUUCAUGAGAGCUUCGAAAACUCAUAAUCCAUCAUGGGCUUGGAGCAGUAUUUUAGCAGCUAGAGGUGUUCUUGAGAAACGACUGUUGUGGAAAGUUGGCAAUGGUAGAGUGAUCAAUUGUUGGAAAGAUUGUUGGAUCCCUGGGAAUAUAUCUUUUAAGCUUUCCCUAUGGAUUCAUGACUUUUCUGUUGGAUAG